GUAUGCCUUCCACAGCUCCUCCUGGCUGGUGGCCGGCAAAGCCGACCCUGCCACCCCCGGGAGGGUGCAUUACCACCCGGACUCCCCGGCGAAAGGGGCGCAGUGGAUGAAGCAGAUUGUUUCCUUCGAUAAACUCAAACUGACCAACAACUUGCUGGAUGACAACGGGCAUAUCAUUUUGAACUCCAUGCACAGAUACCAGCCGCGUUUUCACGUGGUCUACGUGGACCCCCGGAAAGAUAGCGAGAAAUAUGCGGAGGAGAACUUCAAAACCUUCGUCUUCGAGGAGACGCGCUUCACGGCUGUAACUGCCUACCAGAACCACCGGAUCACGCAGCUAAAGAUCGCCAGCAACCCUUUUGCCAAGGGAUUCAGAGACUGCGACCCUGAGGACUGGCCCAGGAAUCACAGGCCAGGGGCCCUUCCUCUCAUGAGUGCUUUUGCCAGAUCCCGGAAUCCAGUGUCUUCCCCGGCCCACCAGAAUGGGACAGAGAAAG